AUGUACCAAGAGCAUUACAAUGCUCUCUUCUCCAUGGACUUCAUGGAGACCAAGUACCCACAUGUUGACACAAUGAAGGCCCUUGGAAUCUUUGAGGAUGUGGAGUUUCUCAAGAACAUGCACUUGGCCAAGCUUCUUCUCUUAUCACAUGGAAUCCUACAAGGAGCUCACUUGCGAGUUCUUAGCUUCAAUGAGGCAGCUGGAAUCUUGUUUGGGUUCAACUAUGGAGAGGGUACCAAGUGGAACUUCAAGGAAAAGGAACUCCAAAGGGUUUGGGCUACAAUCGCUGAUGGAGUGUACUCUUCCUCAAGGUCCAAGGCAGCUCAGAUCAGGAGCCCAGUCUUGAGGUAUGUGCACAAGGCACUUGCCAACACCUUCUUUGCAAGGAAGGCGACCGGGACAAUCAACGAGGGGGAACUCAAGUUUCUUGACAUGGGAAUCAAGCCCUUCUCUCACGCACAAGCGAUGGCAAGAGGAUCAGGGGAGAUAGAUCUGACACAGGGAACUUGA